AUGGCAAAAUCGCAGCAACAAUUGGGUGGUGAUGCAUCGAAAAAGUGUAAAGUGCUCGAACAGUUACGGUCGCAACUUGAUAUGCUACUGCAAAAGUGUAAAGAGGUAGUGGAAGAGGAGACAAACUCAAGUAGCCUCGAGGAUGAGCAUAUUCGACGCAUGAGCGAUUUCAUAAUAGCCUUCCGGAAGUGGAACGCACCACCCCUAUCUGGUGAAUUCCGAAAAUGUUUGGCUGGAACUGAGGGUUACGAUCGUUCAACCCAGUCGCAAAUAUUAGAGAAUAGCAUAGAUAUUGUUGACAAAAUGGACGAACUAUUGCGUAAUGUGGAUGAGCUUACAGAGAAACUCAAAAUGAAACAGGGUCAGUUUGGUUACAAAAACUGUCAUUUGACGGCAAGAUUGUCGAGAAGUAUGUAUGAUUUCUGA